ACAUGGCGCUGCCCACCCUCUCUUCUCUCUGGGUCAGCCGUAAUAGGGCUCUGGAGAAGCAGAUUGUGCGCCAGCGUGAGCAGGAGGCCCACUUCCGUCGGCAGUGGGAGCUCCACAGCCGCUAUUUUAAACAGUCAGGGGUGCAGAGCUUGAAGCAGGAGCAGUGGAGUUCAAGACAGUCCUUUGAGCAGAGCAUGACUGCUUACCACCGGGAAAAGCUGAAGGAAGGAAAGCAGGUCAGCCUGGAGCAGAGGCGGGCACGGCUCCAGAAACUGCUCUGUGAGGAGCGCGAGAUGUUGGCCGCAGAGUUGCGGGAGCUGCGCCUGAACAAGGACACGUCCCUGAGCGAGAUGAGGCAGAAGCAUGAAACACUGAAGUCUGCCAGGGAGGAGCAAAGGAAACUGAUUGCAGCAGAUCUUUUGGAUGAAUGCUGGAAGAAGAACAGCGCUAGGCUUAGAGAGGUGGAGUCUGAACUGCACAAGCAGCACGUGGUGGAGGCCUGGGGGGAUCAGCUGGCACAGAAGCAGCAGCAAGAAGCAACUGAACAGGAAGAGAAGAUCCACUUGGAAAAUAAAUACGAGGCUGCUCGGAGGGAAGCCCUGGAAAGGAUGAAGCGGGAAGAGGAAAGGAGGAAGCAGGAAGGGAAGGUGCAGGCCGAGUUCCUGCGGCAACAGAUGGAAGAGCUGAAGCUGCAGGAAGCAGAGGCAGCACAGCUGAAGGAGGCGGAAGAGAGCCUGAGGAGGCAGCACUGGGAGCUGGAGGCGCUGGAAGAGGAGAGGAAGCAGAUGGAGCAGAACAGGAAGAAGGUGGAACUCAGUCGCUUCCUGAAACACCAGUAUCAAGCCCAGAUGAAGAGACGUGCGCAGCAGAUCCAGGAAGAGCUGGAAAAGGACAGGCAGAUUCUCCUGGCGCUGGGAGCAGAGGAGGAUAAGGAUCAGAGCCUGCAGACUGCCCGCCGGGAGCAAGCCGUUGCCGCUGUUGCCUGGAUGAAGAAGGUGAUUGAGGAACAGCUGCAGCUGGAGAGGGAGCGCGAGGCUGACCUGGAGACCAUCUUCAGGCAGGAAGCCAAGCAGGUCUGGGAAAAGCGAGAAGAAGAGUGGGAGAGAGAACGGAUAGCCCGACACAGGCUCAUGGCUGAGGUCCUGGCAGAAAGACAGCAGCAGAUCCUGGAGAAGAUGGAGCAGAACAGGCAGGCCCAGGAGGAAUCGGUCCGGUACCGGGAGCAGCUGAUUCAUGAGCUGGAAGAGGCAAAGCAGCUGACGCAGCGGGAGAAGGAAGAGGAGGCCGAGCUGAAAACUGCCCGCAAGCGAGAACUGGAGGCCCAGCUCACAGAGCGCCAGUGGCAGGAGCGGGAGCAGCUGCAGAUCCAGCGGGAGGAAGAGGCUGCGGCGCACCUGGAAGAGCAGCGGCAGGAAGAGCGGGAGCAACUGGCGGCCCGGCGCAUGGUGGAGGAGGGCUAUCGCAAGAAGAUCUACAGUUAUCCCAAGGCAGCCUGGACCUAAGGGAGGCCUGCCGGAGUCAGCCUUUUGUGUGC